CACGCCGAUCGAUCCAUCGAUCGGUUACGUACUUUGCCUCUCGCUCGUCGUCAAUUAUAACCAAUUAACCGACCACCACCGUACGUACCGCCAUGGCACAGGAGAGCAGCGACGUCGUCGUCAAGUGUGCCACCAACAAGGCCGCCACGAGCGACGAAGACGGGGCCGCCGUCGCUGCCGCGGUGGCGCCCCCGGGGCCGGCAGCCAGCGCCAGCGCCAGCGCCCCCGCCACGCCCUUCAAGUUCAACGUGCACGCGCCCGAGUUCGUGCCCAUGUCGCCGGCCGCCGCCAGCCCCAUGUCGGCGCCGGCGGGGGGCUACUACUCGCCCUUCAUGCAGAUGCAGCCGGGCCUCGCGCCCGCCGACUGGAGCUUCUUCCAUGAGCACGAGCCCGUGUUCUUCAUGCCCGACUUCGCGCACGCCAAGUUCGGCGCGGCCACCGCCACCGCCACUGCCGCUGCUGCUGGGAGCAACAGCGCCCAGGCCAAGGGGACCGCCGCCACCACCGACGUCGCACAGAAGAUUGUCAAGCAGGUUGAGUACCAGUUCAGCGACAUCAACCUGGUGGCGAACGAGUUCUUGCUCAAGAUUAUGAACAAAGACACAGAAGGCUAUGUUCCCUUGUCAGUCAUUGCAUCCUGGAAGAAGAUCAAAUCUCUUGGGGCAACUAACCAGAUGCUGGUGAAGGCUCUUCGCACCUCCACAAAGCUUAAUGUCAGUGACGACGGCAAGAAAGUUCGGCGCAGGCAGCCAUUCACGGAGAAACACAAGGAAGAGCUUCAGUCCCGCAUGAUCAUAGCGGAGAAUUUGCCAGAGGACUCGUCUAGGAACAGCCUCGAGAAGAUCUUUGGCGUUGUCGGAAGUGUGAAGAACAUCAAGAUAUGCCAUCCACAAGAGCCUAGCACUGCAAGGGCUUCCAAGUCCGACACGCUAGUGAGCAACAAGAUGCACGCACUUGUGGAGUACGAGACGUCACAGCAAGCCGAGAAAGCAGUGGAGAAGCUGAAUGACGAACGGAAUUGGAGGAAAGGGCUCCGUGUCCGCACAGUGCUCAGGCGCUCGCCCAAGUCAGUGAUGAGGCUGAAGCGGGCAGACUUCGACCACUUUGUGGGCUCCGACGACGACUCGCCGCACUCCUCCCAGAUGUCAUCCGACUCGCCAACAGCAGACUACUCUGCUGCCGAGGCGGCGGCGGCGGCAGCAGCAGCUCAUGCUCACGCUCACGUCCAGCAGCACCAGGAGGAUCAGCAGCAGCAGCAGAAUAAUGGUGGCAGCAAGCAGAAAGGCUGGGCUCGAGGACGAGGGACGACGAAGCUGCACAUCACGGCGCCGCAGAGCCCGCAGUCGGCUCCCGCGGGCAUGGCCGGCCACUUCGAUCCGUCCAGCCCCCGCACCUCGUCGUCGUCGUCCCAGAAGCAGUGCCCGUCCAGCCCCGGCGGCAGCAGGCAGCAGCAGGUGUCUGCUGCGGCCUCUGCCUCCUCCCAGAAGUGCCCCUUCAGCCCCAGGCAGCAUCAGCCUCAUCCUCCCCAGGGCCCGAGGAUGCCCGACGGCACGCGCGGCUUCACCAUGGGCCGGGGCAAGCCGGCGGCAGCAGCACCACCAACGUCGCCGGCGGCAGCAGCUGCGCGAGCGACUCCUGCUCCUGUCCUUGUUUAGUUUCACCGGCCUCUCACUUUUUCACUUCCUCCUAUUUCAUUUUUUUUUACUCUGCCUGUCUGUUUGGCUAAUGCAUGAACUCUGUAUCUCUACAGAUACAAGCGGUUGAGCUUUCCUUUUUUUUUUUCUUUUUAUUAAGGUUGUUUAAAUAAAGUUGCCUGGCUGCUGCUGGCAUACUACUGAUGACGGGCUAUAUUUUUUUAGAUAGAUAGAAUAGAAAGGUGUUGGGACUAUAUAUGAAAAUAUAUAUUGCCUGGAACAGUGAUCAACGUUUUAUUCCCUUUAACAAUAAAGAAUUACCAUUCCAGUGUUUCACUUCCAA